AUGAACGUUGGGAACUACUACCUUUCGCAGCUCAUGUUGAGCAAAUCUUGGCAUCUGUCGGAGUACAUCGAGGUCCUGGAGAAGCCGCCGGAUCUCCGGGUGAUGGCGCGGGCGGUGCGAGAGGCCCUGUCAAAGGUUCAGGUCGAAAUGCUGGUGCACGGCAAUGCUACGGAAGAGAACGCGCGCAAACUGGCUGACAGCUUCUGUGGUCGCCUGGAGCGGCUGGGCGCCGAGCCCCUGCCGAAGCUUCGCAAGAAGGAGGUGCCCAAGUUGCCCCUGGGCACUUUGGUCUUCGAGUUCGACCUGGCAAAGCUGAACCCUGCGCAGGAGAAUUGCUGCACGCAGGUGGUGUACCAGGUGGGGCCGACCAACGUAGAUCUGCAGCGCGAUGCCUGCGUGUCGCUGUGCUGCCACAUCGGCCACGUCUCGGCCUUUCAGAAGCUCCGAACUGAACGCCAGCUCGGCUACAUUGUGCAAGCCUUUCCUGCUGUCACCGAGCACGUGUGCGGGUUCUCGGUGCUGGUGCAGGGAAACAGGGAGCACCCAAAGGAAGUGGACCGACUGAUCGAAGAAUGGCUGGAAGAUUUCGGCGAGGAGCUCACAAAUAUGAGCGACGAUGACUUCCAGAAGAACGUCGAGGCCCUGGUGAACGAGCGCACGCAGCGCUACUCCCGCCUGGUCCAGGAGACCACCCGGCACUGGGCCGAGAUCCUGCCGCGGAGGUACAAGUUCGAGAAGGUGGCGGAGUCCACGCGGGUGCUGCAGAAGGUGAAGCGCCAGGAUGUCGUGGAUUUCUUCGAGACCUAUUUGGCGCCAAAUGCCCCGGAGCGCAGGAAGCUUAGCGUGCGGGUGCUGGGCACCUCCGCGGGAGAGGAGCGCAGCGACGAGCCGGACCAGCUGCUGACCUGCUUGGAGGACCUCCGAAGCUUCCAUCAGCGCGCUGAGCCCGGGCCUCAGACCGAGAGGACAAGGGCGUGA